UGGAACAUGGUAUAAAAGCCUAUACGACGCAAGACUCUUCCAUCCACUUCUCUUGCUUUAUUCGCCCAGGUGAACAGCCUACCAUCUGUCCCGCAGCCAUGUCUUGCUACGACCUGUGUCCUCCCACCCCCUGUGGCCCAACCCCGCUGGCAAAUAGCUGCAACGAGCCCUGCGUCAGGCAGUGCCAGGAAUCAACAUACGUGAUCCAGCCCUCUCCCGUGGUGGUGACCCUGCCCGGCCCCAUCCUCAGCUCCUUCCCCCAGAACACCGCCGUGGGAUCCUCAGCAUCCGCAGACGUGGGCAGCACCCUCAGCUCCGAGGGUGUGCCCAUCUCCUCCGGCAACUCCUCAGGAUUUGGGAGCUUUGGCUAUUCAGGCAGUGGGUACAGCCGGCCCUACCGUCGCUACAACACCUACCGCAGUGACUUUACUGAGCCGUGCUAAAGCGUGAGGAGCAAGCAGGAAGAUGACCAGGAAUGCUGAAGCACGACCCGACGCAGGACUGAGCUCAUGGCCAUGGAUUUCAGAAGUGAUGUUAGACACCCACAACUCCACCUGAAGUUAAUGGAGCUGUGGGAGCCUGUCAUCUCCUAAAAUCAGGCCUUUGCUUGUCUUAUUCUUUGAAUACUUCAUACUUCUGAUGAAUUUUUUUUUUCUAUUGCUGUAGAUGGGACUUUAUUGUCUCAGUUCACAGCAGCACUGAGAAAAGAAAUCCAAGUUGAAAAGACAUAUUAGCUGUUGUCUUACUGAAUCCUAGAAAUAUAUAAUUAUACUUUGUACUUUUUUAUUCCACUUUUUGCUCUCAUUAAAGUUAUGCUGCAUCACAA